UCCCUUGCAUUCUGCCGAGUAGCAGCGUUAUUUUUGCCCCGCGAGGCACAGUCCUGCCUGCCGCCCGCUGCCUCGCGCUGCUUAGCCCGAAUCCGUUCUUAGUUGCCUGCUUUUGGAUUUAUUCAUCUCGCUCGUUUUUUUCCCAUUUUCUUUUUCAAGUUCGUAUCGUUUCUGUUUCGAAGGCUCAGAGGGUCGCGGAAAGUUCCCAGGUUCUCAGACGGAAGCGGGCAGGAUGUCAACGUCAGCCUCAGCGUCAGCCGCGGUGGCGCACAGCCACAGCCACAGCCACAGCCACCGGCGCUCCGAGCGCCGCGUGCAGAGCACCAAGGUGGAGAAGUCCGUGAGCCGAACUCAGCAGUCCAGCAGCCGCGUGUCCUCCGCGCGCUACGUCAGCGGGAUGAAGGCCUCCAUGCACUCACUGAAGGGGGGGGAGGAGUUGGUGACGCUGAAGGCCCUCCCCAGGAGAGUGAGACCGCUGUGCCUGGCUGUGGACCAGGACGCUGAGAUCAUCGGCUACGUGGUGCCGGCCUUCAGGACCCGGUCCCGUCACGCGCUGCUCCAUGAGGAGGCCCACGAGGCUCGGGAGGAAAGCCUGGGGCACAUCGCCAUGCAGCAGCUCUUCUCCCGCCAGACGGAGAGCAUGGAGAUGCACAGAGUGGAGAAGAAGAGCAGGGAGACCAUCAUCAGGGAGUCGGCCGAGAGCAUCACCCUGAAGAGGAAGAUUCUGGAGAAGGAGGAGUUUGAGCGGAAGAUGAACAAGGACAGUCUGACCCACCACCCCGAGUUUAUCGUCAAGCCCAAGUCCUACACCGUGUGGGAGAACCAGACCGUCAAACUGCACUGCACCGUGGCGGGGUGGCCCAAACCACGCAUCACCUGGUGAGUAAACAACGUGUGCAUCGACCCCAAAGCCUACCCUGAGAAGUACACGGUGGAGAGCAACUACAACAUGCACUCCCUGGAGAUCAGAAACUGUACAUUUGAGGACACUGCCCAGUACAGCGCCUCCGCUCUCAACAUCAGGGGAGGGACCACGUCUGUCUCCUCUGUCGUGGUGAAAAAAGAUGAGGUCCUUGUUACAGGAAGACCACAUGGGUUCUGCCCGGAGUUUGGGGUCACCUUCAGGGUCCACAUCAUGGAUAAGUUUUCGGUGUCGUUUGGGACAGAGGGGGAGACCCUGAGUCUGGGCUGCACCGUGGUGGUGUACCCCACCGUCAAGAACUACCAGCCUGACCUGCUGUGGUAUAGAAACGAGACCCUGCUGAAGCCGUCGAAGUGGGUGACGAUGCACUGGAGCGGGCAGAGGGCGCGCCUCACCCUGCCCCACCUCAACAAGGAGGACGAGGGCCUGUACACCCUGCGCGUCAACACCAAGUCCGGCUACAACUCCCACUGCGCCUACGUCUUCGUCAGAGAUGCGGAUAUGGAGGUGGAGGGGGCUCCUGUGGCCCCUCUCUCAGUGCAGUGCAGGGACGUGAAUAAGGACUAUGUGGUGGUGACCUGGAAGCACCCGGCCGUCGAGGGCGCCAGCGCCAUCCUGGGAUACUUUGUGGACAGAGGCCUGCGAGGCCACGGCCGAGAUCACCGUCGAGACAAGCUGGAGCUGCCCCAGGCCCCCUCCCACGUGGUGCCGGUCCGGCUGACGGACUCGGCCAUCGUGGUGAGGUGGACUUGCUCCCAGGAGGCUGAGGGCUUGCAGGGGUACUACAUCGAUUACAGCGUGGUGGGCAGCGACGUCUGGAGCCCCUGCAACAACAAACCCAUCAAAGUCAAGAGGUUUGUGUGCCACGGGCUGAACGCGGGAGACACCUGUGUGUUCAGGGUGAAGGCGGUGAACGUGGCGGGGUACAGCCUGAACUCUGAGGAGUCAGAGAAGAUCCUCAUCAAGUCUGGCAUCUCGGUCGCGCAGGCCCCCCUCAGUGUGAAGGUGCAGGAGAGUUUCCGGGAUCAGAAAGUCCUCACCUGGGAGGAGGCCGGUCUGAACGGCGGGGCCGAGGUCACCGGCUACUUCCUGGACUACCGCACCGUCACCGGCGGGGUCAGAGGUCAAUGGCACGAGCUCAACACCAAGGCAGUGAAGGAGUGCUCCUACAAGGCGGAGAGCCUGAAGGAGAACGUGGUGUACGAGUUCAGCGUGCGCUCCAUCAACCAGGCCGGCGUGAGCGACGCCUCGCUGCCCUGCGUGCCGACCGAGUGCAAGGAGUACACCAUCACCGUGCCAGGAACGCCCCACAGCCUGCACGUUCUGGAGGUGCGCAGCGACUCGUUGGUGUUGCUGUGGGAGCCGCCAGUGUACCAGGGCCGCACGGCCGUGAACGGGUUCUACGUGGACAUCAAGGAGGCUGACGCCCCCGAGGAGGCCUGGAGGGGAGUCAACGAGAAGGCCACCUCCAAGAAGUACAUGAAGAUCGAGCAGCUGAAGGAGGGAGUGUCCUAUGUGCUGCGUGUCUGCGCUCAGAACCUGGCAGGAGUGGGAGUGCCUGCUGACCUCAGCGGCUCAGUGCUGGCACAGACACGCCCAGGCACUCACGAGAUCUACGUGGACGUGGACGAUGACGGCGUGAUCUCCAUGAUCUUCGAGUGCGCCGAAAUGUCCGCAGAGUCGCAGUUUGUCUGGUCCAAGAACUACGUGGAGUCCGUGGACGCCGGGCGCCUUAAGAUCGAGACCUCUAAGGGGAAGUCACGGGCCAUCUUCACAGACCCCUCCCUGGAGGACCUGGCCAUUUACUCCUGUGUGGUCACACACACCGAUGGGAUCUCCUCCAGCUAUACUCUCACAGAGGAGGGACUGAAACGCCUGCUGGACAUCAGCCAUGACCACAAGUUCCCCACGAUCCCCUUCACCUCCGGGCUGGCGGUGGAGCUGCAGGAGAAGGGCCGCGUGCGCUUCUGGAUGCAGCUGGAGACCUUCACCCCCAACUGUGAGGUGCAGUACGUGUUCAACGACAACAUCAUCACGCCGGGAGAGAAAUACACCAUGAACUUCGAUAAGAAGACGGGCAUCAUCGAGAUGUUCAUGGACUCCCUGGAGGUGAUGGAUGAAGGAACCUUCACCUUCAACAUGGUGGACGGCAAGGCCACCGGCUGCUCCAGCGUCGUGCUGAUUGGAGAAGAAUUCAGAGAGAUGCAGAGGAAGUCUGAGUUUGAGAGAAAGGAGUGGGUCAGGAAGCAAGGUCCACACUUUGUGGAGUAUCUGACCUUCGAGGUCACCCCCGAGUGUAACGUCCUCCUGAAGGCCAAGGUGGGGAACCUGUCCCACGAGACCGACAUCACCUGGUACAAGGACGGGCUGGAGAUCGAUGAGGAAGACCACCUGUCCUUCCAGGACGGCAUCCUGUCCCUCAAUAUCGCCAAGAUCAGCAAGAAGGAUGCAGGCAUUUAUGAGGUUCAGCUGAAGGACCACAGAGGCAAAGACAAGAGCACACUGGACCUGACAGGGGCAGGAUUCCAGGGACUGAUGAAUGAAGUAUUCAGAGUUAUCGCGAACUCCGCCACAGAGCUGUCUGUGACGAGCACAGAGGAGGGGAUCAUUCUGCACACCACCGUGGUGUACUACAUCGAGGAGCUGCGCGUGGGCUGGCUCUACAAAGAUGCGAAGAUCACGCAGUCCAAGCACCUGGUGGCGGGCGUCUCCGGCGAGGAGCUGUGGCUGAAGAUUAAUGAGCCCACCGAGAAAGACCGCGGAAAAUAUGCCAUCGACAUCUUCGACGGCAAGGCCGGGAUCCGCAGGGUUUACGAGCUGAUGGGACAAGCGUGGGAGGAGGCUUACGCUGAGUUCCAGAGGCUGAAGGCUGCAGCCAUAGCGGAGAGGAACCGUGCUCGCGUUGUGGGAGGCCUGCCUGAUGUGGUCACCAUCCAGGAGGGCAAGUCUCUGAACCUGACGGGGAACGUGUGGGGCGAGCCCACGCCCCAGGUGAGGUGGCUGAAGAACGAGAAGGACAUCACGUCCGACGGCCGCUACACGCUCAAGUUCGAGGCGGGAAAGUUUGCCAGCAUCACCAUCGCCGCGGUGACCCCGCCCGACUCCGGCAAGUACUGCCUGGAGGUCACCAACAAGUACGGCACGGAGAGGGGCAACUUCACCGUCAGCGUGUACAUCCCAGAGGGAGAGGAGGAGGGGGAAGAGGGGGAUGAGAAGGACAAGAAAGAGAAAGAGAAAGGCAAAAAAGACAAGAAGUAGAAAGGAAGGCUCAUGGGAAAAAAAGCUUCCACUUUUAAAAUGGAAAAAAAAAAAGGGGCAGGGGGGUGGGGGGGAGUAUAGUUAUGUAAUGGAAAGAGAUUAAUAAAUUGUUGCCAGGGCGAUUUAGAAGUGCCUUUACCUGCAGUGCAAUCCGGUGCCCAGACCUGGGUCAAAUACGCAAUUGUUUUGGAUUCAAAUACUUUUCUACGCUUUACUAAGCUUGUCUUUUUUAUUGGAGCCUAUGAAACCUCACUGUCAGGUCCUCGUGAUUGGCUCAGUUGCUCCAGGCAAGAUCAAUCGGGCUCAGAAAUGUAUUUGAAUCCAAAACAAUUACAACGUAUUUGACCCUGGUCUGAGUGAGUGGGGUUCCUUGUGUUGUGUGGAACUUUCUCACUCCGGUCCUUCUGGAGAAGAUGAACCCUUUGAGGAGAGCAGGUUUUUUUUGUUUGGAAUUUGUUUUGUUUUCAAAAAUUCUAAGUCGGUGUUCCAGAACUCUUGCUUUCAGUCACCAGUAGUGACUGUGACAUCAGCGUGAGAAUGUUCAGCUGAGAGCAUUCCGAUCGCGUAUGCGUGAUGUCACGGCACGGGUCCUGCACUGGGCGAAAAGGCGCUAAACGUUCGUCCUGAUUUAAAGCGUAUCCGGGGAGACUCGGUGGUGCUGGGACAUGUACGCAUCGCUGUUUUUCUGUGGCCAGUUCUGCGUCUGUCGCUGGUGCGCGUUUGUAGGGGAGCCCCAGAUGUCCAGUUAUGAGCGUCAGUGUACCAGAGAGGUGCAGUUCAUGCCUAAAAAUGUCUCCGCCAUCAGGCUGAGAGAGGGGUCAAUGACGCUAUACUGGACCGCUCUGUGACUAACUCACUGAUAGAAUGAAUGUUAUUGUUCAGAUUUGUGGAAUUCAGUCGUGUAUUUUCUGUGUACUGCAACUCCAAUGUGAUGCUAAAUGUGGUGCUUAGCGUAACGUGUUACGGUCAAGCCGGGUUCUCGGCAGACCUGGCUCAAAUACGUCAUUGUUUUUGAUUCAAGUCCGUUUCUACGCUUUACUGAGCUUGUUUGGUGUAUCGGGAACCUAUGUAUCGGUCCGUCUGGUCCUCUUGGUUGGCUGAAUUGCACCAGCCACCAUCGAUCGAGCGCAGAAAACUGUUUGAAUCCAGAACAACCGCGUGUUUGACCCGGGUCUGGUUCUGGGUGAAACCUCCGAGUCACCUCCGGUUUCUCCUCAGCCAGGCGAGAGAGGAAGGUCCGUUUCGUGCCCUUUUCACCACCGCGGGAAACGUGGCGCUAACGGCGCUAACAGCGCUAACAUCACUUCCUGUACGGCCUGACCACGCCCUGUCUGUGAUGACCUGUCGCUUGCCUAAUAAACGAUGCACGCAUUCCCUCAUCUCCUCGUG